AGGUAUAUUGUUAACAGAAAUCUUCAUAAGUGGAGUCUAGGUUAUUAUUACAGUAAUUAAAAUUGUUUGAAAUUGUCUGCAAUACUAGAUAUGUCAAUGGAAGAAAAACGAAUUUUUUUUUUUAAACAAAAGAGGAAAUCACAUUCAUUAAAGUAUUUGUGAAAAAGUUUCAUAAAUUAUACUUAUCGAAGAUAUCAAGUUUUGUGCUGUACGUUGAUCAUUUAAUAAAAUCAUCUAAAGAAUUUAAACAGAAAUAAAAUGGCAAAACGCCAAGCUUCAAAUCAACUCAAUCAUGAUAACUGGGAUCAAGAAGAAGAACCUGAAGAUCCGGGUGUAUUUAAGAAAGUUUCUGAUGUUGAAUUAUCUCAAAGAGUAAUAAAAACAGCAAAAAGGAGAUUCCAAAAAGAGUCAACUACAAAUCCAUUUGCAUCAUUUCAAGGAUUUGUAAAUAAAAAUACUACUACAUCAACUAAUAACAACAUAAGUUCCAGUUUUUCUAACUUCAGUUCAACACAUACUAUAUCUAAUGGUAAUUUAAAUACAAAAUCAAACAAUUCAAUCAAUUCCUUGACUGAAAAAGUAGUAGUGGAUAAUUUACAAGAAAAUCAUGAAGUUCAAUCAAAAGAUUCUCUUCGAGAUAAUGAAUAUUAUCGAUUACUUAAAGGUUUAAAUGAGAGUCUUGCACAAUGGAUCCAGCAACAUGUUGAAAAAAAUGCUCUGUGUGAUUUUACACCUGUUUUCCGUGAUUAUGAGAAGCAUCUGCAAGACCUUGAAACUAGAUUUCCACCUGUCUGUGAUAAGCCGACUGCUUCCUCUGUUUCAAAUGUUAGUUUUUCAGGAAAUUCAUCAUCAGAAAAUGUAACUGACAAUCUAAAAGUUCCACUAAAUACUACAAAAUCUUCAACAUCUUCAGCUUACACAGUGCCAAACACAACUUUCAGUUUUUGUAACAACUCUGUUAACAGUUCUAAUCCCAUAAAAUAUACAUUUAGCAAUUUAAGUACAACAACAACAACUUCACAAACUUCAACUACAAGUACUACUAGUACUAAAAUCACAUUUGGUGCAUUAAAUUCAUCAAGUUCAUCUAUGACAGGCUCUCCAUCAUUUAAAUUUGGCUUACAGGCACCAACAGUUUCCUUUGGAAAUAUACCAUCUUCCACUUCUGCAGGAGCUGCUACUACUACUACUACUACUACUACUACUACUACUAGCAUCAACACUGUCUUUUCAAUUAAUACAAAUAAACCCAAGCUUUCAACUGAAACAUUUAGUUUCAAUUCUGCUGUAACUCAAAAUCAAGAGAGAAAAGAGAUUAAAGACAAUGAAGAAAGUGCUGAGGAUGAUGAUAACACUGAACCACCAAAAAAUGAAUUUACUCCAGUAGUUGAAAAAGAAGCUUUAUAUUCAAAACGAAAGAAAUUCAAAAGUGUUAAAAGGAGUCAGGAAUCUACCCUCUGUUAAAUUUCUGGAUUCUAGAAAGGACUCUUUGGUUAUCCUGAAACUUACAAGGAAGGAUGGAAGAGAGAUUGGCCCACAUCAUCAGAAUGCACAUAAAAUGAAACCUAUAUCAGGCA